GGUAAUCCGACUAUCAUUAGGCGACAGGCAGAUCUGCUUCCAGAGUAUGAUUAUGUCGUCGUCGGGGGCGGCGUGAGUGGACUGACCGUGGCAAAUCGCCUGACGGAGGACAGUAACAGUAUGAGCCGCCAGUCUCCAAGAGAAGGUGUAGCUAACUGUCACAGCUACCGUGCUGGUCAUCGAGGCCGGCAAGAUGUAUGUUCUCUGUCAGCAAUCAAAAUAGCUUCAAUGCUCACUGCUGCAGCGACAACUACUCGAAAGACAUCCAAUAUCCCCGGUUCGCGCAGACGGUGUCUGAGAACUACAGCUGGCCCAUUACCUCGCUGCCAACCGCCGGACUGAACAAUCGCACCACAUCGGUUGUAGCGGCGAGAAUCCUCGGUGGUGGCAGCGCUAUUAAUGGAAUGGCCUUUACUCGUGGUUCACCUGGCGAUUAUGAUCUCUGGGCUGAGCUUGUUGGCGAUGAUGCCUGGGGGUGGGACGGGCUUUUGCCGUAUUUUAAAAAGUGCGAAACAUUCACGCCUCCAACUGAAGCCCAGCAGAUCGAGCACGGAAUUUCGUUUGAUCUGGAUGUACAUGGGACCAACGGGCCUAUACAGUCUUCCUUCCCUCCGUUCAUAACAACUACAGGAAAAGUAUUUCUGACUGCCCUACGGCAACUCGGCAUCCCGACCCAGCUUGACGGCUCAGCAAAUGCCCUCGGUGGGUACUGGAGUCCAAACAACCUGGACCCAGCGACUAGAGAACGAUCAUACGCCAGGACAGGAUACUAUGACAGUGCAGAUGCCCGGCCAAACUACCAUAUACUACCGGAAGCCCUGGUAGCAAAGCUUACCCCGAAUCUAACUGGCGUUGAGUAUAUAGCAUUAUAUAAUCCAGCCCUAAACUCCACAACCGAUACAAAGACAAUAAUAGAAACGGUGAGAGCACGAAAAGAGAUAAUCAUGGCCGCCGGCGCAAUCCAUACACCAAAGAUCCUGCACCUGUCAGGUAUCGGCUCCUCGGCGAUUCUUUACUCUCUAGGAAUUAACCAGAUACUUGAUAUUCCCGGUGUCGGGGAGAACCUGCAGGAUCAUGCAACAUUAUACGGCUCCCUAGAACUAACAAACCUUGAUGAUCCUACACAAGAUCCCAACUACCUAAAGGAAAAUGCUACAUAUGAUGCUGAGAUGGGCAUGCUGUAUGAAGCCAACCGCACAGGACCAUGGACUGUUGGGACAGAGAACACACUCUCCUUCCUGACCGCGAAACACCUGAACUUCAGUACUUCGAAUUUCGUGCACGCUGCCGACCAGUCUCCGGAACAGUACCUUCGUCCAGGUAUUGACCGUAGCGUCGCCCGCGGCUACGAAAAGGCGCAUGACCUCCUAUUGAAAUAUAUGGUGAAAGAUAAAGUCGCCCUAACAGAGAACCUCCUCGUCACAAUAAUCAGCCUGCAAAAGCCUUUAAGUCGUGGAUCAGUGCACGCCGCGUCAGCAGAUCCCUAUAAAAUGCCGGAAGUCAGCUAUCGCACCUUCAGCAACCCACUUGACCUGCAAAUGCUAGCUCAGGCCGUGCAUUUCAACACGGACCUUCUCCCACAAACGCCCGCGCUGAAAUCCAUUGGCGCUGUAGUUACUUCCCCUGAGCCGGGGUUAGCCACCCCGGAGCUCAUGAACACGAUCCGGGAAUCAGCAGUCCCAAGCUUCUUUCAUCCAGGCGGGACGUGUGCAAUGCUGAAGUUCGAGGAUGGGGGAUGCGUGGAUAACGAGUUAAGGCUUUAUGGGUCUAGGGGGAGGGUACGUGUUGUUGACGCUUCGAUAUUUCCUGUUAUCCCGUCUGCUCAUACCCAGAGUACGGUUUACGCUGUUGCUGAGAAGGCGGCGGAUCUGAUUAAGGGUGUUGGAGUGGAGGGUGUCUAGGUCUAGAAUAUCAUUGUAACUUCGGUGAUAGGUUAUCGUGGACGCUCUGUGCCCUGACGCUCUUGGCCGCCCCCAACUCAAUGCGUCUGGUUUGGGGGCGUACUGGGCGAGAGAAUACACAGGAACAGAAAUGACUAUAUACGUAUUGGGAAAACAUUGGCACAGCGGAUAGGCCUGGGCAAGUAGAACU